CAUCUUUGAAAUACGGGAACAUGUCUGCAGCGGCGUGAAUGUUGUUGUUUUUUGUGUGAGAGGUUAUGUGUAGUGCGUAAUUGCUGUUGUUGUUUUCGUAUUUCUAUUAAGAUGGGAGAAGAGGGUGAUCAUGGCCGAAAUUUUCAUGAGAUGGAGUUGGAUGAUCGUAUACUUAAGGUAUCAAAACUGUAAAUCGGCAAUAGCAAAACAAGGAUGGGAGAAACCUACACUUAUUCAGGAAAAAGCUAUUCCUCUGCUACUGGAGGGUAAAGAUGUCCUGAUUAGAGCGCGAACAGGAUCCGGAAAAACCGGUGCGUUUGCUAUACCAGCAAUACAGAAAAUACUUAAUUCCAAACUGGUUGCCCGGGAGCAGGCUGUUAAAUGCCUCAUACUUGCACCUAGUAAAGAACUAUGCCACCAGAUUUAUACAAAUAUUCUUCAGUUGACCAUUAAAUGCUCAAGAGAGGUGACGUGUGUUGAUAUUUCAGCACCAGUUGACUUGUCUGCCCAACAGUCACUUUUAACAGAGAGGCCUGAUAUUGUAGUGGCUACACCCUCAAGAGCUCUUGCUCAUUUAAAAGCUGGUAACAUAGAUUUGAAGAAGUCUCUUGAAGUGUUGGUAAUUGAUGAAGCUGAUCUUGUGUUUUCUUUUGGUUAUGAAGAUGAAUUGAAGCAAAUAUUCAGAUUCUUGCCACGUAUUUACCAGGCAACACUUGCAAGUGCAACAUUGUCAGAAGAUGUAUUGAGUUUGAAGAAACUUGUGUUGCAUAAUGCAGUUACAUUAAAGUUGGAAGAAUCAGAACUAGCGCCAGCAACACAACUGUCACAUUAUCAUUUGGCGGCUGAAGAGGAAGAUAAGGCAGCGAUUUUAUAUGCGCUACUGAAGCUACAUCUUAUCCGUGGCAAGACUGUCAUAUUUGUUAACUCUGUGGAUCGUUGUUACAGGCUGAAACUAUUCUUGGAGCAGUUUGGUAUUCCAACUUGUGUUUUAAAUUCAGAACUUCCAGCAAAUGUUAGAUGUCAUUCUGUCAAUCAGUAUAAUAAUGGGGUUUAUGAUGUAAUUAUAGCAUCUGAUGAAAAAGCUCUGGAAGAACCUCAUGAACUGAAAGAACCAAAGAAGAAAAGCAAAAGGAAGAAAGAUAAAGAGUCAGGUGUUUCAAGAGGAAUAGACUUCCAGUAUGUUUCCAAUGUUAUUAACUUUGACUUCCCUCUUGAUGUAAACUCAUAUAUCCAUAGAGCUGGUCGCACUGCUCGAGGAACAAAUCAGGGCACAGCUUUAUCUUUUGUGAGUAUUAAGGAAAGACCACUGAUGCAAGAAGUUGAACAAUUUCUUCAAAAAAGCUGUGGAGACAAUAAUAAUAUAUUGAAAGCAUACCAGUUCAAACUAGAGCAGGUAGAAGGAUUCAGAUAUCGUGCCAAAGAUGCCUGGCGUGCAGUCACAAGAAUUGCAGUUAGAGAAGCUCGUCUAAAGGAGAUUAAGCAAGAAAUCCUCAAUUCACAGAAACUGAAGAGUUACUUCGUGGAUAAUCCUAGAGAUCUGCAGACAUUACGGCAUGAUAAAGCACUGCACACAGUGAAGAUUCAGCCUCACUUGGCAGAUGUCCCUGACUACAUUGUACCAGAUGCACUAAAACAGUUAUCAAGGGUCGGCACUAUCAGAAAGAAAAAUCGUCUUGGAAGUUCAAGAAAUAAUCUUGCAGGAGUUUCUAAAGCUAGAGCAAAGUAUGAGGCCAAGAAAGCCAAUCCUCUGAAGAGCAUGGAAUUUUUUGGAUUCAAGAAGAGGAAAACAUCCUGAUCCUAAGAAGAUGUACAAUUUGAAUGUACUUGUAUUUCUUGUAUAAAACAAUUUAAUAAAAAUUUUUAUUUUUA